AUUGACUUGAUUCUAAAAUCUGUUCUCAAUAUUUCUCAGCUUGUUGAGGGGGAAGGAGUACGAGGGGUCGUGUCCAUGAAUGAGGAUUACGAACUGAAGUGGCUCUCAAACAUGAAGCAGGAAUGGGCAACUGCUGGGGUAAACUUCCUCCAGCUAAGUACGACGGACAUUUUUGAAGCGCCUUGCCAGGAGAAAUUGCAGCAAGGGGUCGAGUUCAUCAGGGCCUUCGACAGGAGCAACCAGGAGGGGCUUGUCUAUGUGCACUGCAAAGCGGGACGGACGAGGAGUGCCACGCUUGUGGCAUGUUACCUCAUUGCAAAAAACCAGUGGACCCCAGAGAAAGCACUGGCCUACAUACAGGAGAGACGCGCCCACAUCUGGCUCGGACCAAAACAGCACGAAGCUAUUGAUAUCUUCUAUCGGUCAAUGCAAGGCGCAGCUGCCGUCGCAUGAUUUCACCAAAGCAGGCUUCUUCUGCACCGCACUAGUUGGAAUUAUGGCACAGUGUAUUAGUAUAUAAAUUCAUGUAGAGUACUAUUUAUUUUUUGUAUAGUAUUUGUUGAAGUGAUAAUUCAGAAGUAUUUUUAAAAUGUUAUGAAUGUUAUAACUGGAUUGUUAGAUAAUGUUAUUACUAUUUAUUUUAGAGUCACUGACAGUUACCUCAUGUUUGAUGUAUUUUGUUAGAUGCAUCAAGUAUUUUAGUGGCAGUAUGCUUUAAGCAUUAUAAGAAUCAUUUCUCAAAUGCGCUACCUUGUUAUAAUGAAAAGGUGUACAGUAUUUCUAUUAAAUUUAUAUGCAAGGC